CCCUCCCCGCACGCGCGCACCUCCCGCCUCCUCCCUUCCUCCGCCUCCGCGCCCUAGAACCUUCCAGAAGCGGCGGCCAAGGCGGCGUGGAAGCUCCAGGUGCGCGCCACCCCGCCCUCCGGAACCUUCUGGAAGCUCUCGGGGAGGGGGGAAGAGGUGGGUGGGUGGGAGGAUGGGGACGUCGGAUCUGGACCGGCAGAUCGAGCAGCUGAAGCGGUGCGAGCCGCUGACGGAGGCGGAGGUCAAGGCGCUCUGCCUCAAGGCCAUGGAGAUCCUCGUCGAGGAGAGCAACGUCCAGCGCGUCGACGCCCCCGUCACGAUAUGUGGAGAUAUUCAUGGACAAUUCUAUGACAUGAAAGAACUAUUCAAAGUUGGGGGUGACUGCCCAAAGACAAACUACUUGUUCCUUGGGGAUUUUGUUGAUCGAGGAUUUUAUUCUGUUGAAACAUUUUUGCUUCUGUUGGCCUUAAAGGUUAGAUACCCAGAUCGUAUAACUUUAAUACGAGGAAACCAUGAGAGCAGACAGAUUACACAAGUCUAUGGUUUCUAUGAUGAGUGUCUUCGUAAAUACGGCUCAGUGAAUGUCUGGAGAUAUUGCACAGAUAUAUUCGACUAUUUAAGUUUGUCUGCACUCAUUGAGAACAAAAUAUUUAGUGUCCAUGGAGGCCUUUCUCCUAAUAUUACAACUCUUGAUCAGAUAAGAGUAAUAGAUCGCAAGCAAGAAGUACCUCAUGAUGGGGCCAUGUGUGACCUUCUUUGGUCUGAUCCAGAGGAUGCUGUAGAUGGUUGGGGAUUAAGUCCACGAGGUGCAGGAUUCCUAUUUGGUGGAAAUGUUGUUUCUUCUUUUAACCACACAAACAACAUAGACUAUAUUUGCCGUGCUCAUCAACUAGUCAUGGAAGGGUUUAAGUGGAUGUUCAAUAACAAGAUUGUCACUGUAUGGUCUGCUCCUAACUACUGCUACAGGUGUGGCAAUGUUGCUGCAAUCCUAGAGCUUGAUGAGAAUUUGAAUAAGCAGUUCCGUGUAUUUGAAGCUGCCCCACAUGAAUCAAGAGGUGUUCCUGCAAAGAGGCCAGCGCCAGAUUACUUUCUGUGAGGCCGCAGAUUCAGCAGUGGGUACAGCGUAUCCUGCAAACAAGCACCGGCGGAUUAAGUCUUGCGAGCUCCCAUUUUCUGAGAUGAGCUGAGCUCAUGCUUUACAAGACUCUUAAGCCAGGAGUGCUUUCGAGAUGUAUAAAUUGAUUUUAUGUCCCCAGUCCUAUCAUUUGUAAGCCAAGAGAGUGGCUCACAUUUGAGCUUGAGAAAAUGCCCCUGUGAAGGGAGUGGUGUAGAUGAGGCCACUCCUUUGAUUCCAUGGGUGUGCGUUGGUCCAUGAUGUAAAAUUUUGUUGCUAGCCCGUUUGCCCCCUAGGAAAUCCUGUGCUGGAGAAUGAUAUGCAAAUGCUGUGCCUGAGUAUUUAUUGUUGUCAGAAUGCAAAUGCAGGAAGUUUUGUAGUUGGCAUUUGUACAAACUGUCCGAAGAAUGCAUAUCCAUUCCUGCUAGGAAAUGCCAGUAUGUGAUGGUAGAA